UCACGGGUUCCAACGCGCAUUCGAUACAACUACUCCGUACUAUAGCGACCAUCGCGGCAGGGCCACUACCUCCAUCACACGACCCCGCGACGGCUUGGGCGACUCUCCUUCAUAUCAUAGGAUGCUCACAAGUCUUACCCGACGUUACUCCACCCAUUGAGCCACUUGAGCGGCGCAAAAGCGGCAAUGGCGCCCUCACUGGCGGUUCCCGGUCUCGUCCGCAGAGGCACUGUCUGCCACAGCUGCCUCUCAUCAUGCGCUAAAGGUCUUGCGCCCAUUCGGCUGAGACACAUCUCGACUGGAUUUCUGCGGAAGACGGCAGAGGCAGAAGAGCAAUGGCAGCAAUGGGCGCAGGAAAUCAAGGACGGGAAGCGGCCCAAUCUCUGGGACAUACUGGAGGAACGGGGAUAUGUCAAGGACACAGCCGGGUCGAAGGACACAAUCCGAGAGCUUAUGCGGACAAAACGGAUAGGUGCUUAUGUCGGUGUCGACCCCACUGCGAGCUCGCUACAUGUCGGCCAUCUCCUUCCUCUUAUGCCGCUUUUCUGGAUGUACAUGCACGGAUACGCGGCUUUCACACUGCUCGGCGGUUCGACAGUCAAGAUUGGGGAUCCCACCGAUCGGCUAAAAGAUCGGGCCGUCAUUGGCAACGCUGACCUGGCCAUGAACGUCACCAAGAUGCACUAUCAGAUGAAGAAGCUUUGGACCAAUGUCGAAGCGCAAGCUAGGCGGCAUGGGUACCAGAAGGAGUGGGCCUGGAAACGGGGGAUUGUGAAUAACAACACGUGGUGGAACUCGCUUCCCAUGCUCGAGGUCUUGAAGAGGGCAGGCAGAUAUAUGCGCGUUGGGCCGAUGCUGUCUCGCGACACCGUCAAGCGCAAGAUGACGGAAGGCGACGGUGUCUCGUUCGCCGAGUUCUCGUACCCUAUCAUGCAAGGUUGGGAUUGGUGGAUGCUCUUCAGCAAGCACAAGGUGCAAAUGCAGAUUGGCGGCUCGGAUCAGUACGGCAACAUUAUUACCGGCGUCGACAUCGUCAAGGCGGUCCGGAACAGCGAGCCAGCUCCUAACCUGCGCAUUCCUUGGAAAGGGCCCCUCGACGACCCGGUCGGGUUUACUGUGCCGCUCUUGACAGACUCGUCAGGCGCGAAGUUUGGCAAGAGCGCUGGAAACGCGCUAUGGCUUGACCAAUUUAUGACAAGCGCGUUUGAUUUGUACGGAUAUUUUGUCCGACGACCAGAUGCGGACGUUGAGAAACUCCUCAAACUUUUCACUUUUAUGCCCAUGGAGGAGAUUCAGAAGGUCAUGACGGAACAGAUGGAGGACCCGUCAAAACGAGGGGCCCAGCACCGGCUCGCCUACGAAGUCUUGACAUUAGUGCACGGAGAAGACGCAGCGAAGGAAGCACAGCAACAGCACCGCAUGAUGUACAGCAAAGGUGGUCCGGCAAUUCCGAGUGUGAUAGGCGAACUCGGUGAGGAAUACGAGGCGCCGUCAGGGAAACCGACAACCCCGAAUAAUGCACCACGGUUCGACAUGAUACUUCCGGAGUCUCUCAUCAUGGGCAAGUCGAUCGGCCGCAUCCUGUUCGCUGCUGGCCUUGUCGAGAGCGCGAGGCAAGGCCACCUUCUCGCCGAGCAACAGGGCGCCUACAUUGGCGGCAUGCCCGGCCGCAAAGUGGGGCAGGGCCAGCCCAUGGACCCGUCACAGUUGACGUGGAACCCCAUCAAGCUAUGGUUCCCGCAGGAAACGCAAAGAUACUUGAUUGACGGCAAGCUUCUCAUCCUCCGCAAGGGCAAGCACAACGUGCGCAUCAUCAAGAUGGUCAGCGAUGAGGAAUACAAGGCAUCGGGCCAGACAUACCCAGGCCAGCCGUACACGGGACGUCUCCGGCAAAUGAAGGAGCUCAUGACAUUGUUGAAGGCUGGAAAGACAACACCCGCCGAAGUAAGGCAAACGCUACUGAAUGAGGCGAUGAGGGAAGAGGAGGAUGGAGAUGAGUCGACUCUCAAGUUCCCAAAGGAGAAGAGCGAUGUGGAGGUUAAGCUCGAGGCUCAGCUCGAGAGGCUGCUCGAGGAGGCCGAGAGCAAGUUGUAGAAAGAUCAGCCGGUGUCGUUCUAGUAACUGUGUGCAGGUGACAGUCAGGACGGGAAAGGAAGCCCGCGAGAUCUCCCGCACUUAUAAGAUAACGAACGAUCCGGCGGCGUGCUGUGAUGGCAAUGCUUGUUCCACAUGUGCCAUCCCGCUCGUGGUUCGGCCAAUACAUUAUGUAUCACACAAAACCAUUAGACCUGUACCAUCACCUAUACAAAACAGUCAAAUCUCCCACCG